AUAGUCUAUGGUUUUGACUACUGUCAUUUUUCUCUGAAAGAGUCGCAAAAAAAUAAUAAAGUUAAUUAUUUAUUCAAUGUUUUUAUAUGAUUAUACUUUGAGAUUAAGUUUCAUUUUUUAAUUUUAUACAUUUUAUGAAAUUAAUUAGGUAAACAUUUAUAUUCAAUAGUGUUAAAAUUAAUGAAUAACCGAAAUGGCAUCGUUGAACUCUGAAGUACAAGAUCGAGGAAAGCUAUAUAAGUUUACAAAGAUUUUGACUUUAAAGGUAGCACAGAUUGUUGUUCAAAGUCGACAAGGAAAAAAGAUAUCCCAUGAAUGCAACGCUAUGAAACCCUCCGAUGACGGUCCGCCUUCUUCUUCCCACUCUCUGCAAUGGUUUAACUUGUCUAUACCCGAUGUCCCUGAAAUAAACAGAGACACGAAGAUGGUACUCAAUGGCGAAGUAAUAGAGGCUCUCAGCAAUGUACUGUGCAUAGAAAUAAUUCUGAGGACCAAUGAAGGUGACGAAAUGGUAUUGGAAGUGUGGACAGUGCGUGUAGCCCCUGGUGGUGACACUAGUCAAGGAUCUGUCUCCACCAUAUACUACCGUAUGAGUAUCAUGCUCAAGUCAACACUAAGCAUCUCAAGGAUAACUCCUGCAUAUAAGUUGUCAAGACUACAGAAUAAAGAUUCUUAUAUUAUAUUUCACAAAAUUUAUGGCGGCAAACCUAACUUGGAUUUAUUGGGUGACAUGUCUAAAACAAUCAAGGUGAGCGAGCUCCAGACGCCCAUAGGAAAAAUACAGAUAGAUGUUGUCUAUAGAACAAAGAUGACAAUAUUACCAGAAGACAGAAGGACUAUCGAUAAGAAUGUCCUUACCACCAGCGACAAGAUUAUGGUGAAGAGUGAUCACUUCCCUAAGGAGAGUCCCAGGAAAACCUACAAUGAGAAAAAAGAGCUGGAUCUCACCAAGCCUCUGACGGCCGGAGCAUUCGUGGACACGGUCAAGAUAAGGGAGUUACAUGAGACCCUGAGCCACCAACUACCUCCCGAGUCACCGUUGACCUGGCUGUUGGCCGAAAAAGACAAGCUGGAGAGGAGAAUGAAGGUGGUGCCGAUAUCAGAAGACGAGAGCGGUACAGCGGCGGAGGAGACGCGUCCCACCUCCCGGCCCGUGGACGUGCCUCGCCUGCCGCAGACGGACACACACAGAUACACCAGCCUGAUGGAGUUCCCGUUCGCGGAGGGCAGCCCCAUCGCGGAACUGGCGUCCUUCUACCAGGAGUGCGUGUCGGCCCGGGAGGCGAGCGCUAGCUGGUCGUCCGUGGGGGUGCGUCCUGACCCCGGACCCUCGCUCGCCCAGCAGCUACAGCAGUUCGAGGAAGCUGUGCCUGUGUUCGACAACAUGGUCGCCUCCAUGUUCUCCGACUGCGACUCCUCCUCCGGGAACAACUAGAAGACACACACUUACCACUGAGUGCAUGACUCGUGGCCGUGUGGCGUGUGGCGUGUGGCGUGUGAAGGGUCGUGUCUGUAGUCUAACGCUAGCUGGUUGUUAAUACAUAUAUUAAAUAAUAAUUAUACGAUAAGAGACAGGGACAAGAGAAUUGAGACGGAUCUUAUGUAUGUAUAUAAAUAAAUAUUAUAUAGUGACGUGUGUUGUGAGUAACGAACGAAUGAAUGAAUGAAUGAAUGAAUGGACCCCAACGGACCGAGCGGAACCAGGAGACUGAUUAAUGAAGAAGGUUUGAGAUCAGGCGUGAGGCGGAGUUAGUUCAUAGCAGGUACAGUGAUCGAAGCGACCACAAAAUGUGGCGUGAGAACUGACGGUUUAAAUUAUUAGGCUGUGUUCUGUUUUAUAAAUUGUCUGUAAUCAAUAUAGACGUCUGAGAAGUCGUUCCUAUAUCAGUUACAGAAAUGUUGAUCGAAGCCUUGAAUCACAGUUCACCACAGCUACUGGGACACGGCGUCCCGGUGGCAGCAGGUUCGAGGCCUGCUCGUGCCCUUAUUCUAUAUCAGUUCAGAUGAUAUUGUUGUUAUCGCAAGCCUAGAAACAUCAGCAAGUGCCAACCAGCUGCAUCUAGUGUGGACCGUUACUUAGUGUUAGAUAUAGUUUUAUAUUGUGUAUGUGCGCGUGUGUAUGUUUGUGUGUGUGCGUGAGUGAUGACCGUUGCCUAUACCGCGUCUCCCAGACAGUGAGACAACCAAGAUUGGCAUUUAACGCAAAAUAAUUUAAACUUGGUUACAUCUCUAGUCAAAUUAAUUAUUUAAAUAUUAGGCGUCUGCCGCCGCGGUUUCUUUACUAGCAUGUCAUCUGUAUGUACAUAUAUAUACUACUCAUAUUGCCGACACACACACACACACACACACACACUAGUCGUCGUGAGUGAAACGCUCGCUCCUAUACAAACUCUUAGUCUCGUUAUAAACGAACUAACAGUAAUACAUCAGGUUAUAUAUAGCAUCGAGCACACCUGACACGUGUUGCAUUACUUGUAGCAGUAAUUUAUAUUAUUAUUAUUAUUAUUAUUUUUUAAGUUUCUCGUCGCUCUCAGCCAAUGCUAUGUCAAUAAUCAAAUGUACAGCAUUCUUUAUAUUUCGUUAUCAUGUCUUUAUACGCUCGUACAUGUAAUGACUUAUUUCGCCGCUUGAUAUAUAUCGCGUUUUCUCUUUAUAUUCUUUUGUUUAACGUUUAUUUUGUUCAGAGUCUCGUUGAAUUAACGAAAGCCAUACAUCGAAGGUUAGUACAACAAAUGUUCAGGUUUAACUACGGCAGAGUGCUGUUUGUUGUUGAAGUGUGUUGCGCUCGCCACUCCAGAGACUAUAAACGUUUUGAAAUUGAAAUACAUUUUAAAUAACGAAUGUUAAGUUAACGUAGACAUAACAAAUUAUAAUGACAUUGAACAAUAAACGAGAUUGAAAAGGC